UGAGCUAGGACUCGUUUGGCUUCACCAAAUCUUCGAUCAGAAUACCAAGAAGAAGAUUCUACAAAAAUGCAUAUUCCCGAGCAUUUACCGUAGACAAUAUAAUGUCUGCAUGGCGCCAAACAGGUGUAAUACCGUCAGAUCCGUCGAUUGUCCUUAACCAGCUUAAGAAGCCUCCAUCCAGGCCUACUUCUUCUUUAGAACAACCUCGUCCAUCUUCUUCUGACUCAGGAAGUAUUAUUACAAAGAUCCUAGGCCCUCGUGGCGAGCAGCAACUUCGAACACUCCUUUCAGGGGUCAUGAAGGAGGUAAUAGACGCUGCGACUGCAGAACAACUCCGCAAGUUUGAGACCGCCUUCCAGCACCUGCGCACUGAAAACUCCAUACUAAAGCGCGAGAUUGAGGGAUUUCGAAGGUCAAUUAUACAUCAGAAAGCAAGGGCGAUCAAAUUUGGUGCAUGUAACGUCUACAUAGAGUCGAGCGCGUCACCAAAUUGGUCAUGGUCCAGAUUCGCGCUGACAAUCUCUAUUAUUAUGGCGAAUACACUGGAGCCAUUGAAACAAGAACAUCAUGUAGCAAGAGAUUGAAUUAUCAUAUUUUGACAUUUCAAACUUUUCGAGGCCGCGACGACAGCGCUUAUUUUGGUUUUAGCCUGCAGGAAAUUAUUAGAGUAUUACGGCCGAGGCCACUUUCUUCUUGUCCUGUUGCAAGCGCAGAGUGAAGCAAUUGUCAAUGAGCAUGAGGAAAAUGUCGGUCUUUCCGGAGAAGGAGAAUGCUGGCGAUGAGAGCAACGAAU